AUGGGGGCCUCCCCGGCCAACUUCUUGUUUGGAUUCUUGUUUGUGUCCAUCGUGCUAUGGCUUAUUUUCAUGUUUGCUUCCAGGUUGUUGGCUUGGAUCCUCAGCCGUGUUUUGGGAGCAUCAGUUGGAUUUCGUGUUGGUGGAUGGAAAUGUUUGAGAGAUGUUGUUGUGAAGUUCAAAAAGGGUGCUGUUGAAUCCAUAUCAGUUGGUGAAAUUAGACUAAGCUUACGGCAGUCCUUGGUUAAACUUGGCGUUGGCUUCAUUUCCAGGGAUCCAAAGUUGCAGGUGUUAAUAUGUGAUUUAGAAGUCGUAAUGCGGGUUUCGAAGAAGAGCACUCAGAAAACCAAAUCCAAGAAACGCCGCACUUCAGGUAGAGGAAAGUGGAUGGUUGUGGCUAACAUGGCAAGAUUUUUAUCAGUUUCUGUGACUGACUUGGUUUUGAAGACACCAAAGGCUACUUUGGAUGUCAAAGAGCUGAGAGUAGAUAUAUCUAAAGAUGCUGGAUCUGAGGCUGGAUUGUCUGUAAAGAUGCAGCUUGUUCCAAUUAUUGUUUUCUUUGGCGAAUCACGAGUGACCUAUGAUCAAUCAGUAAUCUCUGGUGGAUGUUUUUCUUCUAACCAUAUGAAAGAAAGGGUGUGUGCUCCUUUCAGCUGCGAAGAAUUCUCUCUCUUGUGCGAGCUUGGUCAUGAUAGGGAAGCAGGUGUAGUUGUUAAAAAGCUGGAUGUUAUAAGUGGAGAAGUCUGUAUAAAUCUAAAUGAGGAACUACUAUAUAAAGAAAAGAGUCCACCGGACGCCUCCUCUCUGCCACCCUUUGAAGUUCUACCUACAAACGGCGAAUCUGCAUCCAUUAAAAAAACACAGAAAAAGCAAGCUUUUUCUGCCAUAACUAAGUACACCUCUAUGUUCCCAGAAAAGGUUGACUUCACUUUGCCUAAACUGGAUGUGAAGUUGGUGCAUCAGGGUCUUGUGGUUGAUAAUAACAUUAUGGGUAUUCAAGUAAAAAGCAUAAAAUCUCGAUCUGUUGAAGAUGUGGGAGAAAGUACAAGGCUUGAUAUUCAGAUGGAAUUUAGUCAGAUUCAUUUGCUUAGAGAAGCUGGCAUUUCUAUUGUGGAAAUACAGAAACUUGAUGUUGUUUCCUCGGUUUACAUACCACUACAGCCAGCGUCCCCUGUCAGAUCUGAAAUUGAUGUUAAGCUCGGAGGUACUCAGUGCAACUUGGUUUUAAAUAGACUAGAGCCAUGGAUGCACGUUCUUCCAAAAAAGAAAAAAAAGGAGAUUUCAGUAGAAAGUCAUGCUGAAGAAAAGCCACGGUCAUCUGAACAUAAACCAAUCUUGUGGACAUGCACCGUUUCAGCCCCGGAGAUGACUGUUGUGCUUUAUAAUAUGAAUGGAAUUCCACUAUACCACGGUUGCUCGCAAUCAUCACAUGUCUUUGCUAACAACAUAUCUAGUUCCCGGGCCACCAUACAUAUGGAACUUGGUGAACUAAAUUUACACACGUCUGAUGAAUAUCAAGAAUGCUUGAAAGAAAGCCUCUUUGGUGUGGAAACAAAUAUUGGUUCUUUAAUGCACAUUGCUAAGAUCAGCUUGGACUUGGGCGAAAAAGAUAUGGAUUUACUUGAAGAUGGUUCCAAGCGUAAAACAGUUCUUACCAUAGAUGUUACUGGCAUGGGGGUCUACUUGACCUUCAAGCGUCUUGAGUCACUGAUAUUGACUGCUCUUUCCAUUAAGGCCUUGCUGAAAAAAUUAUCUGUUUCAAGCAAAAAACCAACGCAUAGCACCGGAGUGAGAUCAUCCAGGUCACCGGGGAAAGGGAUGCAACUAUUGAAACUGAAUCUUGAAAGAUGCUCAGUAAAUAUUUGUGCAGACGUGGGCUUGGAGAAUACAGUUGUUCCAGACCCCAAACGUGUUAAUUAUGGAUCUCAAGGUGGCCGUGUUUUAAUUAGCACGUCAGCAGACGGGACACCUCGCACUGCAAGUAUAAUGUCUACAAUCUCUGAUGAAUUCAAAAAGUUAAAGUACUCUGUAUCACUUGACAUUUUCCACCUCAGUCUUUGCAUGAACAAGGAGAAACACUCAACACAGAUGGAGCUUGAAAGAGCUAGAUCUAUCUAUCAGGAAUUUCCAGAAGAGAGCAAUCCUGGAACAAAAGUUGUCCUGCUUGACAUGCAGAACUCAAAGUUUGUAAGGCGUUCAGGUGGUCUGAAGGAAAUUGCUGUCUGCUCUCUCUUCAGUGCGACAGAUAUAUCUGUCAGGUGGGAACCUGAUGCGCAUAUUGCAUUAUUUGAACUUGGGUUACACUUGAAGUUACUGUUACACAAUCAGAAGCUCCAGGAACAAGAUGAUAGGGAAAAAAAUUCAACUGUGAAAAAUAAUGACCCAAAGAAAGAUACAUCUUUGGAAUCAAUGCAGCUUGACAAACAAAAGAAGAAAAGAGAAUCAAUUUUUGCUGUUGAUGUGGAAAUGCUCCGUAUAUCAGCUGAGGUUGGAGAUGGAGUUGAAACCUUGAUCCAGGUUCAAUCCAUCUUUUCUGAGAAUGCUCGAAUAGGUGUGCUUCUUGAAGGACUGGUGCUCAAUUUGAAUGAAGCUAGAGUUUUCAGAAGCAGCAGGAUGCAAAUAUCUCGAAUCCCCAAUGCCUCAGGGAGUGCUUCAGAUUCAAAAUCUGAGACACUAACUACAUGGGACUGGGUAAUUCAAGCCCUUGAUGUACAUAUAUGCAUGCCAUUUAGGUUGCAGUUGCGUGCAAUUGAUGAUUCCGUGGAGGAAAUGCUGCGAGCUUUGAAGCUUAUUACUGCUGCUAAAAGUCAACUAAUAUUUCCAUCUAAAAAAGAGAGUGCAAAACCCAAGAAGGCUAGUUCAACAAGAACUGGAUGUUUAAAAUUUUGCAUACGUAAACUAACUGCUGACAUUGAGGAAGAGCCAAUACAGGGUUGGCUUGAUGAACAUUAUCAGCUUUUGAAAAAUGAGGCUCGUGAAUUAGCAGUUAGGUUAAAUUUUCUAGAUGAACUUAUUUCCAAGGGUGGUCAGCGUCAGGGAGCCUCUGAACGACACAAUUCUAUUCAUGAAGGGAAAUUUCAUUAUAAGGGCGAGGAGAUUGAUUUACAAGAUGAUGCAGCUAUUAAAAAAUUGCGAGACGAGAUAUAUGAACAGUCAUUCCGGUCAUAUUUCCGAGCAUGUCAGAACCUUGUGCCAUCACAAAAUUCAGGAGCCUGUAAAGAUGGUUUCCAAUCUGGUUUCAAACCUAGUAAGGAAAGAUCUUCUCUUUUUACCAUUUCUGCUACUGAGGUAGAUUUUAGCUUGUCGAAAAUCGAAGGGGGUGAUGCUGGGAUGAUUGAAGUGUUGCAGAAGCUUGAUCCCGUAUGUCGUGCACAUAGCAUUCCAUUUUCAAAACUUUAUGGCGGAAACAUUAUUUUGCAUACUGGUUCCCUUGUCGCUCGGAUAAGAAACUACACAUGUCCUUUAUUUGCUGCAACUUCAGGUCGUUGCGAAGGCCGUCUUGUGUUGGCUCAGCAGGCAACUUGUUUUCAGCCUCAAAUUCAUCAAAAUGUCUUCAUUGGGAAUUGGAGGAAAGUUUGCAUGCUUCGGUCAGCUAGUGGCACAACUCCUCCAGUAAAAACAUAUUGUGAUUUGCCCAUACAUUUUCAAAGAGGAGAAGUUUCCUUUGGCGUUGGUUUUGAACCAUCGUUCGCUGACCUUAGUUAUGCUUUUACUGUUGCUCUUCGUAGGGCCAAUUUGAGCAUUAGGAAUCCAAAUCCUGAUGUUCAGCCACCUAAAAAGGAAAAGAGCUUACCGUGGUGGGAUGAAAUGAGAAACUAUAUUCACGGGAACACCACUUUAUAUUUUUCUGAGACCAGAUGGAAUGUUCUUGCUACCACGGAUCCAUAUGAAAACUCUGAUAAACUUUGUAUUGUUUCGGGUGAUAUGGAAAUUCAGCAAUCAGACGGUCGUGUUUAUGUUUCUGCUAAAGAUUUUAAGAUUUUACUGAGCAGUUUAGAGAGCUUAAUGAAUAAUUGCAGCUCGAAACAUUCUACUGGCUUUUCUGGAGCUUUCCUUGAGGCCCCAAUGUUCACUGUUGAAGUUACAAUGGAAUGGGAUUGUCAGUCUGGCAAUCCUCUAAAUCAUUAUUUAUUUGCACUUCCCAAUGAAGGGGUUCCUCGUGAAAAGGUUUAUGAUCCCUUCAGAUCCACUUUUCUUUCCCUGCAAUGGAAUUUGUCCCUUAGGCCCCAUUUGAUUUCUAGCUGUAUUCAGUCACAAUCCUCUUCCAUUAAUAGUCAUACUGCUGUGGAUGGAGUUGCCUAUAGUCCAUUGAAAUCAGGAAAUGCAUCUAUGGAUGGACCAACCGUGAAUGUUGGUCAUCAUGAUUUAGCAUGGAUUAUUAAAUUCUGGUAUUUGAACUACAUUCCUCCUCAUAAAUUGAGGUCUUUUUCCAGGUGGCCCCGAUUUGGAAUCCCUAGGGUUCCCAGAUCAGGCAAUCUGUCCCUAGACAAGGUAAUGACAGAAUUUAUGUUCCGGGUUGAUGGAACGCCAACAUGUAUUCGGCAUGUGCCUUUACACGAUGACGACCCAUCUAAGGGACUGACGUUUAAGAUGACAAAGCUGAAAUAUGAACUUUAUUAUGGUCGAGGUAAGCAAAAAUAUACAUUUGAAAGCAUUCGCGAUCCUCUUGAUCUUGUCUACCAGGGUCUUGACCUUCACAUGCCCAAAGUAUUUCUAAAUAGGGUUGAUUGCCCAACUGUUUCAAAAGUACUUCAAAUGACUAGGAAACACUCCCAGUCUUCAUCAAUGGACAAGGUAACAAAUGAUAAAAACACCCCUACAAGCAACAACACUGAAAAGCACCUUGAUGAUGGAUUUUUAUUAUCAUCUGAUUACUUUACCAUCCGAAGACAAGCCCCAAAGGCUGACCCUGCAAGGUUAUUAGCUUGGCAGGAAUCUGGUAGAAGAAAUCUUGAGAUGACAUAUGUCAGAUCUGAGUUUGAAAAUGGAAGUGAAAGUGAUGGGCACACAAGAUCUGAUCCUAGUGAUGAUGAUGGAUAUAAUGUAGUUAUUGCUGACAAUUGUCAGCGAAUUUUUGUGUAUGGUCUGAAGCUUCUAUGGACUCUUGAAAAUAGAGAUGCUGUUUGGUCCUGGGUAGGUGGGCUAUCGAAGGCAUUUGAACCCCCAAAGCCUUCUCCUUCUCGGCAAUAUGCACAGAGGAAGUUGCUCGAGGAAAACAAGGUGCUUGGUACACCUGAAAUGGUGAAAGAUGAUAACCAACACAUGGAUCCUUCAAGAUCUCAAUCUUCAUCAUCAAAUCAAGUCUCAAAUGAGAACCCUUCAUCUAGUUCAAAUGCAAAGCCUGGCACCUAUGACGACUCUGAGGAGGAUGGAACACGUCAUUUCAUGGUGAAUGUUAUUGAGCCGCAAUUCAAUCUUCACUCAGAAGAAGCCAAUGGUAGAUUUUUACUUGCUGCUGUUAGUGGCCGUGUUUUAGCUCGUUCAUUCCAUUCAGUCCUUCAAGUUGACCAUGAGAUGAUUGAACAAGCACUAGGUGGAGGAAAUAUUCCAGUUCCUGAAUCUCAACCUGAAAUGACAUGGAACCGCAUGGAGUUCACUGUGAUGUUGGAGCAUGUGCAGGCUCAUGUAGCUCCAACUGAUGUUGACCCUGGGGCUGGAUUGCAGUGGCUUCCAAAAAUUCGUCGGAGCUCACCCAAAGUGAAGCGUACUGGAGCUUUACUGGAACGGGUGUUUAUGCCCUGUGACAUGUAUUUCCGCUAUACAAGGCACAAAGGUGGAACCUCUGAUUUGAAGGUGAAACCCUUGAAAGAGCUUGCUUUCAAUUCUCAUAAUAUAACAGCAUCAAUGACUUCUAGACAGUUUCAAGUCAUGCUUGAUGUGUUGACCAAUCUUCUCUUUGCUCGGCUCCCCAAGCCUCGAAAAAGUAGUCUGUCAUAUUCAGCCGAAGAUGAUGAAGAUGUUGAAGAGGAGGCAGAUGAAGUGGUUCCUGAUGGGGUUGAAGAGGUAGAACUGGCAAGAAUUAAUCUUGAACAGAAAGAAAGGGUACAGAAGUUGAUCCUUGGUGACAUAAGUAAAUUGUCGCUUCAUGGUGAUAUUUCUGUUGAUGCAUAUUCAGAUAAGGAUAUGGAUCUAUGGAUGAUAACUGGCGGAAGGUCCACAAUGGUACAAAAACUAAGGAAAGAGUUCAUUGUUGCACAAAAGUCUAGAAAGUCUGCAUCUGCUUCUCUAAGGAUGGCUCUGCAGAAAGCUGCACAGCUACGACUAAUGGAAAAAGAGAAAAAUAAAAGUCCUUAUGCUAUGCGUAUAUCUCUGCAAAUUAAUAAGGUAGUCUGGGGCAUGCUUGUUGAUGGAAAAUCAUUUGCUGAAGCUGAGAUAAAUGACAUGAUAUAUGAUUUUGACAGGGAUUACAAGGAUGUUGGUGUUGCUAAGUUCACAACCAAGUACUUUGUUGUGAGAAAUUGCCUGGACCGCGCUAAGUCAGAUAUGCUUCUGUCAGCAUGGAAUCCUCCGUCUGAAUGGGGAAAGAAAGUGAUGCUUCGCGUGGAUGCAAAACAGGGAGCUCCGAAGGAUGGUAAUUCUCCUCUUGAACUGUUUCAGGUUGAGAUCUACCCUUUAAAGAUAUAUUUGACAGAGCCAAUGUACAGAAUGAUGUGGGAAUAUUUCUUCCCGGAAGAAGAACAAGACUCCCAACGGCGGCAGGAAGUAUGGAAGGUUUCAACUACUGCUGGUUCAAGGCGUGUAAAGAAAGGGACAAUACUUCAAGAUGCACCUGUAACUAGCAGUCACUCGACCAAAGAUGAUAUUUCCAAAUCAAGCACCUCUGCCUUAGCAGCUACAUCUGCAACUAAUCAGUCCAUUAUUGCUGCUGAGUCCUCCCAUGCAUUAAAGCUGCAGAACAUUAAAACGAAUAAUGUUAGUGGGUCGACCCCAGAGCUGAGAAGAACAUCUUCCUUUGAUAGAACAUGGGAAGAAAAUGUGGCAGAAUCUGUAGCAAAUGAACUUGUAUUACAAGUUCACUCUUCGAGUGUUUCUUCAUCAAAAAGUGGGCCCCUUGGUUGUCCUGAACAACAAGAUGAACCCAUUAGACAAAAAUCAAGAGAAUCUAAACUUGUCAAACCUGGUCGAUCCUCUCAUGAGGAGAAAAAAAUGGGAAAGGUUCCUGAUGAGAAAAGAUCUAGACCUCGGAAAAUGAGGGAAUUUCACAAUAUCAAGAUUAGUCAGGUUGAGCUGCUAGUUACCUACGAAGGAUCCAGAUUUGCAGUAGUCGAUUUGAGGUUGCUGAUGGAUACAUUCCAUCGUGUUGAAUUCACUGGAACUUGGAGAAGGCUAUUUUCGCGGGUCAAAAAGCACAUAAUUUGGGGAGUCCUAAAAUCAGUCACGGGAAUGCAGGGAAAGAAGUUUAAAGAUAAAGCUCAUUCCAGUGGUGUUAAUUUUCCCAACACUGAUCUGAAUCUCAGUGAUAGUGAUGUUGGGCCAUCAGCAAAAUCUGAUCAGAAUCCAAUAGCCUGGCCUAAGCAUGAUGGCGCAGGUGAUGGCUUUGUGACAUCCGUAAGAGGCCUUUUCAAUUCUCAGCGUCGUAAGGCUAAGGCUUUUGUCCUGCGGACAAUGAGGGGCGAAGCAGAAAAUGAGCUUUCCGGUGAUUGGAGUGAAAGUGAUGCAGAAUUCUCACCAUUCGCUAGGCAACUAACCAUAACAAAAGCCAAACGUUUAAUUAGACGGCACACAAAAAAGUUUCGCUCAAGAGGGCAGAAAGGUUUAACUUUGCAGUCAAAAGAGUCACUUCCCAACUCUCCAAGGGAAAGCAUGCUAUUUGGAAGUGAUUCUUCAAGUGGAUCCUCAGCUUAUGAGGAUUUCCACGAGUUCAAAAGUCUCGAGACUUAA